GGUGCGCCUCGCCUCGCCUAAAUUUUCCUCCUUCGUUCAGUUCCAGGAGCCGACGCACGCCCGCAACAUCGCGGAGUAGGCCUUCUCUCGUCUCUACCGAUCGUAUGUCUCGUUCGACAUCCUCGUACGCGACUCUUUUCACAACCUUUACCGCGCCAACCUGGACCGAUCGCGAGAGCUUCGAAUAAUUCCCCGAAACGAAACCGUGAAUUUUGGAAUUUAUAAUACGAAAUCGGAUUCGGGGGUGGAAAAAAAGCAAAGCGCGAAGAACGGAUUCCGGGCGCGAAACGGGUUACCCUGUGAAUGCGACAGGUGCGGCGAUCCUUCAACCGAUAGAAAUUCAUUCAGAGGACCUGGGAACAACUACCGAUACAUUCGUCACAAAUCUUAAGGGAUGAAGUCCGCAACGUGGACUUCGUACGUCGAUCGAACACCGUUGUUCUCGUGACAAAUUUUACCCUCAAACGAAUUCGAACGAGCGUUCCUUCAAUUCUCGACGUUGUGAUCCAUCGUCGUCGUCCCUCGAUUUAACGGCAUCUGUGGUGCUCGUGAACUUUUCAUCGACGAUUUGAUCAUGUGUUCGAAAGAAAUUCCGGACAAAUUGAAUAACUCGAUCAAUCGAGAUAUUGGUGUUUAUAACUGAGACGUGUGUACGGUGAAAAAAUUUCCGAGUACCUACCCGGACGUGAUUCGAAUCGAAAGAAAAAUUCAUCCGAAGAUGAAAAAAUAGAGUAAAAGUAAAAUGACGAAAUGUACGUAAUAUUUAAAUUCGGGACAUAAAAUUCGCCGAGUCGGUAUAACGCGUAUGCAUCGGUGUGGUAAUAAUAAUUCAUCGGGUGUAAUUUUGACUCGAUAAAGGUAAUAACUCGGGGAACGUUUGCCAAACGACUGUGCACCGUUAUACCGUACACACUGCGAGGAACCUGGUGUUUGCGGAGGAACAAACUCGUUGAUGAACGAGUCAUUUAAUUACACGGGUAUUUUACAAAUGACCAAUUAAAUGGAAGAGAAAAAAUGGAGAGAAAAUAAAAUUUUGUAAUUAAACGACAGAAACUAAUUAGAUAACCUGGUAUCGGGAAUGUUACGGUGAUAUUUCAACAGUGUGCACGUCAUGAUACAAGUGUGUGUAGAGUUGAGUACGUAAAAAAAAUUGUAUAAAAAAAAAGAAAUUAAUCGAAGCCUCGUUACAAAAUAAAGCAAUACCAACGAACGAGCACCUUGUGAAGUUCGCGACGUUCGCACCCCUGCGGAGGAGGUCGAACGCGUUCUCUCGUUUGACCGGCAAGGUCGUCGAUUCGGCGAUUAUAAUUAAAUUAACGACGUCAUCGAAGAAGAGGGGGUGGGUGGAGAAGAGGGCGGUUCUAACCGUUGUAACGAGAAAAAAAACCAACCCCCCCCCCCUCAGUGAAAUGCCGUGAUGGAACGAAUACCGAAUACGUCCAUCCGUGGGGGCGCCGUGUCCCUGGUGACGGCGUUACUCCUUCUGCUUCCUCUUCUGCUGGCCCUUCAUCCGGAAGUAUCCGACGCGGCACGUCCGAGGCAGCGUGGUACCACCGAUGCUUCGCCUCCAAGAGGAGGUUCCGUGAACGAAGCCGGGGUAUUCGCGCUGAGAGGAAGACAGGAGGGUAGCCGUCGCGGACGAAGAACAACGACUACGAGUACCACCACCACCGCCGCGACGACGACGUCGACUACAACGUCGUCGAUUUCAGCGAGUAGGCGAACGACGGCGUCGUCCGGCGUAGGGACGACCACCGCGGAUAUAUCGCCACCGGUAAUCUCCGGUGUCGGCGUAUCGGACGAAGUGGUCGAACCGGCCGCUCUCCUCGCACCGGACGAAGAACCCUGGCCGACGAACGGACCGCUCGGAUCGGCAACGACGUCGCUCAGGUCUCAAGGGGCGACGGGAUCCCCGAGACCGACGAUUGAGAUCGUUGCUAAACCCCAACGGAAGGUCGUACUACCCUGCGAACUCAACGCCAAUUACUCGAAACUCCUGCUUCCCGCCGCCAGAAGUUAUCGAGUGAGACCGGCUACGUGGAUUCACGACGGUAACGCUGUGGAUAUGAUAACGAUAGACACGAGAACGGAGAUGAGCGGUACGGGUCACAGGUACAUUGGUGAUUCGACAACGGCGGCUCUUCAUAUAGACAACGUGCGUCUGGAGGACGACGGUACCUGGGGUUGUACGUUGGAAGACGACCGGGGGAAGAUACUGAUCGGAAGACCGGUGAAGCUGAUCGUUCUCGAGGCACCGAGAGCGACGUAUCUUCUGAUCGACGGUCGUCGAUUGGAUCCAGGUAACCAAUUCGUUCCGGUGAAGGAAGGCUCGGAGUUGACGCUCGAGUGCGGAGUGGAGGGCGGUAAUCCACCGCCCGUUUUAUCAUGGGGAAUGACCCUCUCCCAAGCGACACUUGACGGACCCGAACAACCGCCGAACAACCUCACCAUCCUACCAUCGGUCGUUGGAAGUAGGAGCGGAGCACAUCUCAACGUCCUUAGAGGUCAUCACAACGCAACAAUAGUCUGCGUAGCCAGACACGUCACGUUACCCGCACCUAUGAACGCCAGCAUACUUUUGGACGUACAAUAUACUCCCUCGUUCGCAAUAACGCGACUACCCGGCUUCGGAAUUCCGAUCGUCGAGGGGAUGUCGAUCAGCCUGAAGUGCGAAGUGGACAGUAACCCGAGCAGCGUACCCGUAUGGCAGCGUGACGACGGACCACUCCCCGUGGAGCAGAGCGACGACGGCUGGUUGAAUUUCACAAAAAUCACGAGGGCCGAAAGCGGAUGGUACAAAUGCUACACCCGACACAUGCUCGGUAUAUUCACGAGCAUAGGAUAUUUCCUGAACGUGCGAUACGAUCCCGACACCGAAACGGAAGCCGAAGCCCUCAACGGCGAGGCGACCGACUCGAGAAAAAUUGAAGUUCAACUGGGCGGCGCGGUUACACUGGAGUGCGACGGCGGAUGUUGGGGACGUGGUCCGGGUAUGGAACCGGUCGGAGGUCCCGGUCCGCUCGCUCUCAGUCGCGUCGUUUACCAGGAUGCGGGGGAAUACCGAUGCGUGGCACCCGAUAGAAAAAUGCAGGACACAUGGCGAGCCCAGUUGCCCUAUCGCCUGAAAGUGACGGGAGGUCCGGUGGUGCGUCCGUUGAAUCAAGUGGUAACGGCUAGCGAAGGUCAGCCGUUACAGAUGGUCGUGGAAUUUUGUGCGGAACCUUCGUACACCCGUUUGAUAUGGUUCUCCGAGGAGCAGGUAUUCGUCCCCGGAAACGAGGCCCGUGGAGGGGUGCAAGCUCUGGUGAUCGAAGAAGGCAACACAGACGCUUGUCACGAAUCGAUUCUGAGUUUCGACGGUGUUCGAUCGUCGCACAUGGGCGAAUGGACGAUGAUCGUAAAAUCUCCAGACGGUAUGGCCGAUGCUUCGAUUUUCCUAAACGUAACGAGGCCCUCGGUUAGCCAGAACGUUGCCUCCGGUUCACUUCGGGGUCCCAGUCUUCACGGUAUUCUGCUGUGCCUGACGCUGACGCGGGUCGGGGUUUUGGGUGGUCCGAGACCACCAGGAAACUAGAAAAUAUGACACGAGUCCUGAGGGAAAAAAUUCUGUAGAUAUACACGUAAGCGUCUCUAAUGAGAUUUUACAACAGAAACAAAAAAAAAAAGGAGAAAAAUUGAAGAAAAAAUCAAUCGUAUCACCUGAGGUCAGUAUUAACGCAAAACGAAUUUAUUAACUUAAUAUUUUAUGAAAACGAAGCGUCGCUGAAUACAAUGUUAUACGAAAUAUUGUUGCGAAUAACAAUUUUCGAAUGUAAAAGUGACGGGUGAGUUAAAAUUAUGGUGACCAGACAUCCGAAGUGGUGAUGGUGUUUCUUUUGAACGAAGAACAGAUAGAACGAUACGAAGAAGAACAUUCAUUAAUUUUUAGAUAAAUGAUACUCCGCAUGGAAUUCUUUUUUUUUUUUUAUUUGUCGUGUACAUAAUUGUAUAGAUAAAUUGAAUACGUAUAAGUAUUAUAAAAAAAAUAUUGGUGGAUAACUCGCGAGUUACUUUACAAUAAAAACCAAGAAAAAAUUAUUAAAAAAAAAAUGGAAGAAUAUUAAUAAAAUAACGUUACUAAUAAUAAUGGUAUUGAUAAUGAUAUUGAUAAUAAUUAUGAAAAUGGACGUGAAUACGAUUUAUACAACAUUUAAAAUAUGAUAAUGGUAAAAUAAUUCUAAAAGCAAUGCCUAACCUCCGUCGGAGAGGAGGUCGAGUUAGAAAGUGACCAAACUGGAGCUCUCUUAUUAAAAUUUCUCUUUCAAUCUAUCGCACGUCAAGCCGACUAAUCGAAGCCGAUGAUCGACGUUGUUUUCAUCAUCCCCUCAUUCACUCUUCUCCUCACGAUUUACGGGUUACCGGGCAGAGCAAUUAAGCUAGGGUGAAAAAGAAAAAUCAAUUAAAAUCAGAAAAAGAAAAAAAUUAAUGAACUGUAACAUAAUCGCCGCUGAGCGAAACCCUAUGGAUAUAUAUAUAUAUAAAAGGUUCGAUGCCCCUGUAACAAUUGAAUAUAACAAAUAACAAAUAUGCGUUGAUGAACGGAAAAUUGUUUGCGAAAAAUACCAUCACUGGGUAAAUAUAAUUCGACGUUUAUACGAAUAAAUGAAUGAAUAUGAAAUGAAUCAAUAAAUUGUACAUUGAAUUCAAUAUUUAUUAUGGGCGAUUGGAUUCGAAAUGUAUAGAGAAACGAUGGGUAGAAAAAAGUAAACCAAACGAAAAAAAACAAAAAAAAUUACCACUCAUAAAUAAAGAUCCCAAGUACCUACGUCUAAAUCGAUGUGAAUAUUUAAACGAAAGAAAAAAAAAAAAAUAGGAAUAAAAUUUUGCGGGGCAGUUAUGGAUAUAAAAUUAAUUAUGGGAUUGAUUUAAUUCCAAAUAUAUAUGUGCAGUAAUAACGUUGUUAUAUAGAUAUAUUUAUUAUUUGUUGAUAUAUUUUUGUAAAGUUUUAUUUAGCCAAUAAGUCUCUCUCUUUUACUAUUCUGAAUUUCCUUUCUUCUGAUUUUCAUCUACCCGACUAUUUCCGAUUUAUAUCUGAACAAUGAUCGUCGUUACGCAAACGAUGACUCGCGCCAAUUAUAAUAAUGUGUUCAUAAUUACGCGUUUAAAUAUACAUAUAUAUAUAUAAUUGAAUAAAGAAAAUAUAAAUGUAUGUAUGCAAAUUAAAUGAAUAAAUCAAAUAAAUAGAUGAAAGGUAAAAAAGUCACUCACGAUUCAUGACGAUAAUAUGACCGCGGUGAUUCGAGUAUAUAAAAUAGCGUAUGCGUCAAAUGAGAGCAGAAAACGCCGAUAAAAUUGGGGAAAUUUUUUUUUUUUUUUUGGAAAAUGGAGAAAAAUCGCAAAGAAAAUAAGGCGAAAUCCGCAAGAGUAAAACGGUUAACUGAUCUCCGUCAAUUUCAAUCCCGCAAUAUAAUAUCCUGCACCCCGAGGCGAGGCGCAACCCUCAUUCCAAGUUUCUGGUACGAUUCCAAUAAAAUAUCAAUAUUCCCUCACCCUCUGCCACCCUUACCCGUCCAAUUCCUCUCCCACACCCCCUGCAAACAAUAAUCUACGUUACGUGAACGUCGACAUUUUCUCUCUUCAAACAGAUCUCUGUACCCAGCUGUACCUAAUACACCGUGUAUGCUAUCAACGUAUGUAUGUAUGUAUGUGCUACCUGUACGUAAUGUACACGUAUAUAUGUAUUACGUAUCGUUAUACGGAUAAAGAAAAAUCAAAAAGAGAAAAAGGUAUAAAAGAACUGCACUCCUCGUUCUAAAUCUUUACAGAAACCAGACGUAUUCAUUAUACUAGUAUGUACAUAUAUAUAUAUAUUAUUGUACCACGUCUAAGCGGAAAGUGCAAUAAAAAAAAACGGAAAGCGUUAUUGGAAAAAGUAUAAUGAUUCAAAUCAGAGGGUAUCCGAACAGAAGUGAAGUGGACGGGAUCUCGCAUUGAUAUGUAAUAUUUCAAAUAUGAAUCCCGUAAGAUAUCCGACGAUUUGUAAAAUUCAAUGGUAAUAGUUAUGUAAAUAUAUAUAAUUAUCGAAGCGGUGUGAAUAAUGAUUUUUAACGAGUACGUUAUUCGUAUUAUUUUCGUGUCCUUAAUUUUUGUUUCCCCCCCCCCCCCCCCCCCCACAAAUUCGAGAGCCAAAUAGAUGGACGUCUAUUCGAUAAUUGAACGCACGAUCCAUGAAUAAGUAGAUAAAUGUAUAUUGGAUAUGAUGAUACACGAAGUACAUGAAUUAUUGUUUAAUAAAUAAUUAUACGGUGCGAUUUCGUUGAAAGUGGUUGCGAUCGACGCAUGCGUCGAAAUAUUCGAAUUUCCUCGGCCUACGAGCGAACCCGAGCUACGCUGGAGUCGGGGGUAGCCAGCAGCAGCGUAAGCGUUUUGUUGUGAGGUGUCACCCUGAAGGUCGUAGAUAGUAACAAAGCGUCUACGCCUGUGGCUACGCCGACUCCAGCGCAGCUCGGGUUCGUUCGUAGGCCGAGAAAUUCGGAUAUUUCGACGCAUGCGUUGAUCGCAAACAUUUUCAACGGAAUCGCACCGCAUAAAUAGAUUUCUAGGCGAGAUAAUCUAGACACAUUCACGAGGUAGCUUGAUAUCAAUGUAAUUUUAAUAUCGACUAUAAUAAUAAACAAAGUACGGGGAUCGACCGAAUGAGGUUCUGCGUUAAUUAAGUUAUGAUACACUAAUUAUAUUAGGUGUAUAAUUAAGAAAAAAAAAAAAAAAAGGGAAA